GCGAGGACUUUACCAAGGAGGAAGAAAGAGUUGAACUGGACGGUGUUGUUUUGUUUGGCACUUCGCAGACAAAAUGAGGACAUUGUCCUAUUUCUUCGGUGUUUUGGGGUUGUUUCUCCCUCUGACGAGCGUAUGGGCCUCCCCAGACGUGUUUGACAGCGUGUUGGGAAGCACGGCGUCCUGCCAUCGGUCGUGUGAGAUGACAUACACUUUACAUACGUACCCGCGGGAGGAGGAACUCUAUGCUUGUCAGCGAGGCUGCCGACUCUUCUCCAUUUGCCAGUUUGUUCGUGACAGCAAAGAUUUGAAUCGCACUAAAUCCGACUGUGAAUCAACCUGCCACGAAGCCUACAAACAAGCUAAUGAGCAGUAUGCAUGCAAACUGGGCUGCCAGAGUCAGCUUCCUUUUGCUGAGCAACGCUAUGAACAGCUGGAAGCCAUGGUGCCGAGGAUUCACCUGCUGUACCCGCUGACAUUAGUCCGAGGCUUUUGGGACGACAUGAUGAAUCAGGCGCACAGCUUCAUCACCUCCACGUGGACGUUCUACCUCCAGGCGGAUGACGGCAAAGUGGUCAUUUUCCAGACUGAGCCUCAAAUCAACUUCUUCCAGUUUGAAGUGGAAGAAGAAGAGGAACAUCAACCUCAGAAGACAAACUCUGUGUUGAGCAGCCCCGUCUACAAGGACUACCAGCGCACUCUCAUCCAGGAGCGGGAUCGGGACAUGAGCGCCGAUGACAGCUACAACCUCUUCAGUUGUCUCUCAAGGAACCCUUGGCUGCCGGGAUGGAUUCUCACCACCACUUUGGUCUUGUCGGUGCUGGUCCUCAUUUGGAUAUGCUGUGCCACCAUGGCCACCGCUGUGGACCAGCAUGUGACAGCUGAGAAAUUGAGCAUCUACGGUGACGGGGAGUUCAUCACGGAGCAGAAACUGAUUCCCCACCUGCCGUCCUCGCUGCUCAUUAUUACCCCAAAAGGGCUGGAAGCAGAAAAGGAGGGGGCGGGGCCUCUCCCUCCCAAGGUGAACCUUAGUCAAUCUGACAUCUAAAAGCUACUUUUUUGCCAUCAUGACUUAAUCCCUACGCUGUCCUGUGAUAUAUACAUAAAAAACUACUUGAGGAAACAUUUUUUAUGAUUGCUUUGCAAAUGAAGCGUGGGACACAAUGGAGGCUUUGCACUUCUACAUUAGCUCAAAAGUAAUAGUUUUACGGGUGCUUUUUCCUCUAAUUGUUAUAACUUAUUUUAUUGAAAAUGUGAAUGGAUAAUGCCGACCCCUUCUGGUAUGGUACAAUGUGGUAGCAGCUUCCUUUACCCGUCAUCAGAUUUAACAAUAAAAUGCUUUUAAAUUCAAAAUGGACAAUGGGUAUUUCAGUACAUCAAGAUUUAUAAAAUAGCUUUAUUUCUACAACAUUAAAGAAAAGAUACACCCCUGCCUGAAAGCCAAGCAUUACAAUAGAAGACGUUAGACAUAUUUGUCUAACAAGUCCAUGUCUGCUGCCGUCACCACUGAUACACGUUUUGGCGGCGGGCUGGUCUUUGAGCCGCCCCAUCUUUCCGGCAAGCGUUUCCUUUUGGACGUCCUGACUUGAUGGUUGGCUGAGGAAGAUAAGUCGGCGUCUGGGGGGACGCCUCCUGUUGAAGGUUUGUAGAAGUGCAGGUGUUGCUCCUUCUCCAAGGUGGUGGCUGCAGCUGCGGGUUUCUCGCCUGACGAGGCUGCGUUCAGCACCUCUCGGAUGAACUUCUGCCUACCGACUAAAAGUUCAGUUUGAGUGUUAAGAAUUCUGUAGAGUUUUUCAACGCACUUUUUUUUAUUGGUCCGCGGCUUAUGCUAAAAACAAAGAAUAAAUUCAAAAUAUUAAAGGGGAUCUUUUUGUGUGUGUGCUGUGCUCCAAGAAGCUAGUUUAUGCUAUAGGGGCGGAGGCCUAACCAGAAUACAGUAUUGAGAACGGCACAAAUGACAAAUUCAAUUUUUUUGUUAUUUGUAGAGCCAAAGAUGUCCAAUUGCAAAUAUUAAACUGAUAAUAAACUGAUUUAAAAAAAUAUUACAAAUAAAAUUAUCAAUAUUAAUGUAAUAAUAAUAUUAAAAAAAAUACUUAAUGAUUCUUAAUUUGCCCAGAGUUCACAUUUCAGAGAGUGAAAAACUUACAGAAGCGAAGUGCCGAUAUUCUGGAUUCUUCCAGUUUUUUCUGUUUGGGCAUUUGCGCUCCAUUGGUUUCCCACUGGUUCACCACCUGAUAAUUUGAAGCACUUUUUGGUUUUUACAGAAGCCACACAUUAAACAGGACAACAUAUGUUUAAAAAAUCACCUGUUCUGCCCAUCCUUGUGUUUUACAUGUGGAGUGAUCGAACGCUUCCAGUGGUUUCUCGGAGUAAAUUAAUCCCAGCAUCUCCCAUAUUGUCGAUUUUAAUCUCGUUCCAAACUGCAAAGUUAAACAAAAAGUUGAAUCACAAGUUGAACACAAUGAUAAUCAACCAGCCAGCCUCACCUUCAUACUGGUCCUGGAGGCAUCAAGGUUUUGUAGCUUGGGGAGACAUUUAAGAUACCUGAGAGCGCUCUCUGAGAUGGGAUUGUCUGCAUUGGAAGGAAAAAGACUUUUAAUCUGAGAUACUCCACUAAAUAAUACAGUACUACUGCCUGUAGUGCUAUUGGUGAGAUGUUAUUGCAGUUUGAUAUGACAUCAUAAUAAGAUGUCAACUAACCUGACAUAUCCAGGUACUGAAGACUGUCCAGUCCUUUCCUCUUCAUCCUGACCGGUGCCGUCAGUCUUUGCAGGCCCACGUCUGACAGGCCGUUAGCGCCGAUGCAGAGCUGGAUCAGGCAGCUAAACAGGAGAAGAAGAGUUUUUACAUUGAGGACGUUGAACCUGACGGUGGUGUGUUCUUCACCUUGCCAGCGAGCUGGAUGUCAGGUGCAGGAAGAUCUCGUGGUUGUCUCCGAGUCUGCAGCCAAACAAGUCUAAACUUUUCAAACUGUGGAAGGUUUUGAUGUCAUCCAUCCUCUCGCUCAGUAAAGGAAACCUGCAGGGAACCGUGGAGAUAAGAUGCGGUGGUAAACUCCAGCCAGUCAAAGGACAGAGUAAACGUGUAUUUCAUAACAUGUACUGUACAUGCUUUGUUUAAACCAGGACAUUCAACUGGUGGCCUGCAGGGUCAAACAGACCAUGAAUGACAUCAGAUCAGCCCUCCAGUCCCAAGUGGGGUCUGUGUGCAGGAGUGGGGGAUGCAUGGAUUCAGGUCUGAGGUCUGAAGGGGUACGCGACCGUGCAAGGUUUGGGAACCAAUGGUCAACUUCACAGGAGGACUCUGCUGUUUUUAAGAUUCUACUUCAAUCCUCUUUGCUGUAUUAGUGGUUGUGGUUGAACCCCGCCUCUAGCCCAAAGACAGCUGGGAUAGGCUCCAGCACCCCCCACGACCCUCGUGAGGAUGGGCGGUAGAAAAUGAACGACUGAAAAAGAGGGCAUUGAAACCAACCUAUUCCUGAGGCAGAGAGAUCCCAGCACCAUGUCUCCAUAGGCAUCACUGAAGAGCUGCAGGGCUUUAGGAGAAAGGUCCGGGUUCAAAAAGACCCGGUUCUCCUCGGCGGCUGUAAAAAGCCUGUCCCCUAUCUGCUCGGGGAAGCCCACCAGGGAGUCCACAUGGUGGACGUUGUCAGCUAUGAAGAGGAGGGCGAUGUCGAAGAGAGACUUGCUGCUGUAUCUCAGGCUGCCCUCUGCGUUGUAGGUGAAGACAAAGUGCUCCUUCCUUUGCACAAACGGGUUGGUCCUCCUGCACGACGAGGUCGGCUUGGGUGGUGCGAGUACAAUGUCACUGACACGACGUAGCUUGCCUCUUUCCCGUACGUAAAUGACGUCGCUGUCCAUGUUGGAGGCCAUUAAUUCAACUCACCGAAACAUUUUCACGCUUUUGCGUCAAGCCACCUAAUUAAUGCGUUCAUUACAACAGCCCUCAUGUAGAAGCCUUGAUGAAAUCAUCAGCAAAGUCAUUGGUGUCUUUGAAAUACGGCCAUGCAUUGAAGUUAUUCGUUAUUUAUGUUGUUUUUGUCCGAAAUUCGAGGUCCAAAUGUUGAGCCAACAUUACAAGUUGACCGACUAGCAUGUUUAGCUUGUUUGUGUCACAAUAAAAGUCCAUAGUAAAAGACACAAUUGUUUUUUCAUCACCAAACAUUCGCACGGCAUUAAAAACAAUAAAUGUUACUUAUAAAAUAUCUCUGAAUAUAUAAUGACUAUAAUGUAACAAAAUAAAGGGGACAUUUGGGGUAAUAAUCCAUUCAAGCCAAUUACUUUGAAAGAGCUGAAAAGGAAGCUGUCAUGUUUACACGGCUCCUCUUCCUGAUCCUGCUUCCGUCAACGUAGCUAAAGCAAACUCGACAUUAUUUUUGCAAGAUUGUUUGGAAAAUUGUACAUUGUGUGUAUUGUUGCGGCCAAAUCUGUAUGUUAAGUUGACUUAGACUUCAGAAUAUUGUUGUAUUCUUUAAAAAAAGUAUUGUAGCGUCAGUGUUUCCCGCAUGAAGACGUGCUAGCUAGG